UGUCUUUAAAUUCUACUCCACAAUGUCUUCUGGUAACAAUCGUCAAGCCGAUCAGGGUACAUCGGCCGUCCGUGAAGGGCAUCAAAUCGACGUUAAGACGUUAGAAAAAUACUUGUCAGAAAAGAUACCCGGCUUCAAAGCACCACUUGAUGUGAGCCAGUUCAGCUUCGGUCAGUCUAAUCCCACUUACCUGUUAGCGGACGCAAAUAAGAGACAAUACGUUUUGCGAAAGAAGCCACCGGGUGCUCUUCUGUCUUCAACUGCUCAUGCAGUUGAAAGAGAAUAUCGUGUUCUCCAUGCUAUCGGUACUUCCUCAGAUGUUCCGGUACCAGAGGUCUACGUCUUGUGUGAAGAUGUCAGCAUUAUUGGAACCCCAUUCUAUGUUAUGGAAUUUGUCAAAGGACGCAUUUUCACCGAUGUUCGCAUGCUAUCUAUGCCUUUUGAAGAAAGAAGACAAUGCUGGUUUUCAGCCAUUAGAACCUUAGCAAAGUUGCACAAAGUCGACUAUGCAGCGGUUGGAUUGAAAGACUAUGGUCGCAACCACGGAUUCUACGCAAGACAAAUCAAAUCAUUGAAGAGAGUGUCCGAUGCUCAAGCCGCAGUGAAGGAUCAAGACACUGGAGAAAAAGUUCGUGAGCUCCCUAGACUUCAAGAAAUGUUAGCUUGGUUUGGUAGAAACCAGGUUCAAGACAAGUCUAGUAUUGUUCAUGGCGAUUAUAAGAUCGAUAACUUGAUUUUCCACCCUACAGAGCCUCGUGUAAUUGGUAUCCUGGACUGGGAACUUUCCACAAUUGGUCAUCCUUUGUCCGAUCUUGCCAAUCUUCUGCAGCCAUUUUAUAUACCAUCGACGGAAGAUGGCGUGUUCGCUGGAUUCAAGGGCUCCAAAGAGGAACUUCCUAUUCCACCUGCCGAUGAAUUGAUGAAGGUUUAUUGCCAGGAAGCUGGUAUCCCAUACCCCAUCCAAAAUUGGUCAUUCUGUGUUGCCUUUGCUUUCUUCCGUGUCGCUGUGAUCACCCAGGGUAUUGCCGCUCGUGUUGCACGUAAGCAGGCUUCAUCCGCUCAAGCUAAAUUCUACGCUUCACGCUUUGUCCCAUUCACGCACCUCGCUCUUGAAAUUGUGGACCAAGGAGAGCUUGAACAUGUGGCUGGUGAUAAGAGCAAAUUGUAAUUGAAUGUAUCAAAAACUACAGCAUAAACUGUGUCCGCCUAGUUUUAUUUGCCUACAUGUUGUAUAAAAGGUCCUCUAAUCUACUUGAUUUCUUUUAAUGCCAUUGCACCAGCUAUCAAAGGCAUCAGUUCAUCAAUAUUAUCUGAAAUAUUGUUGUCAUUUAAUUGGUAAUACUGAAGGAGAAAUGUGUUAGGUGAAGGUAUAUUUUCAUUGGUACCAAUUUCACAUUCAUAAUCACCUUUCUGAUUAAUUUGAUGUCGCUGAACUCGGGUAUACUAGAUAGUGGAAC